AUGAGAGUGAUACCGUCGAACCUCACCCAUAUUACCUCCGUCAAGCCUCAAGUACAAAAGAGACGUUUCAUUGUUAUUUUUGUCCUCGCUUUCGAGGUCAAGGUCCCGGCCUCAAAAUGUAAGACUGGACUUGUACUUGAGUUGCAUCUGCAUUUCUUCACCACUGAACGAAUUACAGGAACAAGGUCGAAUCCAACAUCUGUGUCCAACACCACAAGAGCUGCUGUUAUGAUCAACAUGAAAGCCAGUUUAUUCAUCUCGAACACGGGUCUCGAUCUCCCGAAUCGAGUGAAGACGAAGAGCGCCACUACUACACUGGCCAUUAUCAUCCUCAAGGAAUCCACUCCAAUGAGAGACAGCAUCAUCCACCCACAGUCAAGCACUUCCACUCAAAAAUCUCAAAUGACUCGUUUGACCGCGUCCACAGUGACGCUGCGCCACCAGCACGAAGUACUUGUGCUCGUGCGACUGUCUGUAAGUCACAUGAGGACGGGUGCGGUAGCAACAUAA